AUGUACAAAUACAUGACUCGCGCGGGGUCCAAAGUGGCCUGCCGAUUCACCCGCAACAUGAGCACCCAAGCACACAAAAGCUCGCCCGGCAAGUUUCGAAAACUCGUUAGACUCACGGCGGGCGGAUGUCUCGUGGGAUACACCGCUGCCGUCUUUUUCGCCUCUCGAGACGAGCGGUUCAGAGACAUUUUUAUCGAAAAGUUCCCGUUUGGCCGGCCCAUUGGCGAGUACUUCGAGGAGCAAGAAAUCAAGAAAAACAGAGACUCGCCCAAGCCCAAGCCUAUUCCUACUUCUCCUUCUGGCCAGCCCAAUGCUCGAACCAGCCAUCUGUCGGCCCUGUACCCCGACAAAUCCAACCCUAACGCCAUGACCAACAACCCCGAUGGGGACUCGCACCAAGAGCGAAAGUUCAACCUCGAGAGAGCUCUUUCUUCCAAGGGCACCAAGAAGGAAUACUUUGACCCUCUGACUGAGAACCAGGGCAACUUCUUCGACCCCUCAAGUGGAGUGGUUGCCGAGGAACACAAGGAGUACCUGCCCCUGAUUCUGCUGCACGACUCGGCCGACCAUGCUGCCCGACACUCGGCUAUGGCUCUCAACGACCUCAUCUCCUCCAUCAACACCUCCAUUGUCACCAACGACUCGGUUAAGAACGUCUCCGACUCGCUCAUCCAGCUGUCCGAGUUUGUUGCCGUCAACCACCCCGAGAUCCAGACCCAGCUGUCUGAGCGUCUGGGCGAAAAGGCCCGCCGAUUCCAUGCGCUGGGCGAGCAUUACCACACCAUUAUCCAGGACUUUCUGCAAAACGAGGUCGAGCACGGGCCUCACCAGGGCCACGCCGCAGAGGUCGAAUUGACCAUCUACGAGACCGACAAAAUGAGAGACCUGCGAAAGAACGUGAUCCAGGAAAUCCAUGAUACAGAAGACCUGCUGGUGAAGUACUGCAACCGGUACUCGCGACCCGAGGGACCCGUAGCAGAGGUCAUCACUCGACGGGUGCCCACAGUUGAGACUGUGACUCUGGAGCCCAUUGACUCGACUGCCAAGGCAGCCUUUGACGCGUCCAAGUACAAGUCUCAGAUCUCAGCAGCCGAGCAGUCGCUAGCCGUGCUGGUGGCCGCAGUGCAGCACUCGUCGGUUCUGGGGGUGGACCCGUUUGUGGAGGGCGUCAAGCAGGCCAUCAACAAUGUGGACAUUGGAGAUCGGUCCAAGAUUCUGACCGAGGCUCUCAAGAACGUGACUGUUCCCAGUGACGUCAACCUCACUCCUUAUCUGGAGCAGAUCACCGACAAGAGUUCCUAA